AUGCACCAUCAUCACAACAAGUGCUUCCUUAUCAUACAUCUUUUUCAGGUAUCAAAUACAGCUCAUAAAAUUCCUCAAUACUUUUGCAUAUAUAACCUGUUUUCUGCUGCUCAACACAAGCCAAAAUACCUCUGCAAAAAAACUUCUACCGUUCAUACAACAGAAGAUUUAUAAGCCAUUUUCGUCCUCGGUUCGCCGCGUAUUAAUUUUGAGUACAAAAAGGUACUUUUCUUGAGUCAACUCCAUCAAUAAUGAAUUUGAGGCUCUCAACUUCUGUCCACAAGCAAAUGAGUUUCCCAAAACACAUAAACAUGGACCCUUUUUUCCGGCGAAAAGAUAAGGUUGUGUUUGUCGUAGGGCCGACCGGCACCGGCAAGUCAAGGCUAGCUAUCGACAUAGCUACCCGUAUUCCGGCCGAGGUUAUAAACUGCGAUAAAAUACAAGUCUAUAAAGGCCUUGACAUUGUCACCAAUAAGGUCACUGAAGAAGAGUGCCGUGGAGUGCCUCAUCAUCUGCUAGGCGUAGUAGACCCUAAUGCUGAUUACACAUCCGACGAUUUUCGACAUCAUGCUUCCGAUGCGCUUAAAUUGAUAUGUGCACGCGAUCGAUUACCCAUCAUUGCCGGCGGAUCAAAUUCGUUCAUUGAAGCUCUAGUCAACGAAGACCCUGAAUUUCAAUCAAGAUAUGAAUGCUGCUUCCUAUGGGUGGAUGUAUCACUGCCCGUGUUACAUUCAUUCGUGUCGGACCGAGUUGAUAGAAUGUUGAAAUCUGGUUUAAUUGAUGAAGUGAAAAGCAUUUUUGAUCCGACAAAUUUUGAUUAUUCGCGAGGAAUCAAACGUGCAAUUGGAGUUCCGGAAUUAGAUCAAUAUUUUCGCAAUGAGACUAGUAGAACUCGCGCUAGAUUUUUAGAAUCGGCAAUUGCAAAAAUUAAAGAAAAUACGUGUAUGCUAUCAUGUCGUCAAUUGCAAAAGAUCCAUCGACUUCGGAAUCGAUGGAGUUGGAAUAUGCAUCGUAUCGAUGCUACGGAAGUUUUUGUAAGAAAUGGAGAAGAAGCUGAAGAAGCAUGGGAGAGAGUGGUAGCAAGGCCUGGUAACAUGAUGAUUGAGCAAUUCUUGUAUGAUGAAAAUGAUCAUAUGACUACAAUUGUACCAUCGGAGAGUGUCACUGUCAUGGCAACUAAUGGGAUGCCUAUUUCCAUUCCGGCCAUGGCCGCCGCAGCUCGAUGAACAUAUAUUUAUAUAUAUCACUUUCAGAAAUAUAUAUAUUUAUAUAUGUGAGAGAUGACGAGUGGUGUUUUAUUCCCGUUCGAUUGUUGAUACAAUUUUGAUAUUUGUA